GUGGAGGAGUCGCCAGUCAAACAAACUCUCUCUGAGAUAACGUACGUGGUUCCGUGUUUUUGGGAAGCGCGUAUCCAGGAAUCGUAAGAAAUGAAGCGAAAAAUGUUAAUAGUAUUAUUUGCGACACUUGCGAGUGUCAGCGCGAGUCCUUACUCAAAGAUAUCUGAUGACAAUGCCUACGGUCAGCGGAUCCAGAAAAACCCAGUAGUGGGUAACGCAUAUGGGCAGUCGUUCGCGGCUUCAUCCGCGUCUGCCCACGCGGGCGCUUACAGUUCCAGCAACAGCUUCGCCUCUGCAACCGCUCAUGCUAAUGCUAAUGCCAACGCAGCUGCUAAUGCUGAUGCGUAUUCUGGAAGCAAUGACCAAGGGUACGAACAGCAAGCCGACUAUGGACAGACUCAGUACCAUGUAAGCCAACAGACCGAAAACGCUCACGGAAGUUACGACGCAUCUGGAUCUGGAAGUCAUGCCGCGGGUGAAUCUGGACACAAAGGAUCACAGUAUUGGUGGAUGAACAACAAUAGUCCAUUUGAUGGUCACAAGUCAAAUGCCAACAGUAAUAACAACAAAGAUUCUGUUAAUUCUGGAUCAGCUUCAUCAGGAUCUGGUCAUUUUGGAAGCAACCCAUUCUUAAGCAACUCUGGAUCUUCUGGAUCUAGUUCCCAAACGAAUUACCAUGGCUCCAGUAGUGUGAGCCAUGGAACAAAUGCCGGACACUCAAAUACUGGAAGCUCAGGACACAAAUUCGAUGCUUCAAAAAAUCCGUUCUUCAGCAAAACUAAUUCUCAAGCCCACGCUGGAGCCACUGCGUCAGCAACAGCUUCUGGUCAUGGUUCAAACGUGCCACCGUCCAAAGACAUUCAGUUACCUCACGUAUCGACGGCGUCGAAGAACGUUUUCCUGGAUCAAUCUAUCAACCAGCAAGAGUCCGGGAACGGACUGAGCGUGACCUGCAGCGGGGAGGCGCGGAUCUGCGUGCCAAAGCACCUUUGUAACGACGGGUACGUUAGCGCCAGUGUGCAAGGACUCUCCCAAGUCCGCUCAGAUGCACAACAGUGCGAUGUCAAUCGUGAAGUUUGCUGUACUUUGUCAGCUAGCCAGCACCAGGAUCAAGACCAGCAUCACCAAGACCAAGUCCCAGCAGGUAGCUACGAUGAUUACCGCAAGACAUCCGAGUCAGCUGGAGUCUACGGGUCAUCACAGUCUCAAAUUAAUGUCAAUGUCAACGAUUAUAACUCCCGCGACAAAGUAACCGGGGGUCUCUUCGACACAAAGUACCAACAAAGCGAAUUGAGCAACAGUUUUGGAAGCAAACCCUUGGUUGGAGACACUCUCAAUGGAUACCUCCCACCGGACCACAGCGGCAACCCAUCAGACCCAAAACCAGACUUCAUUAAGCCCCAAGAUCCAGAGGAACCAACAGGACCAGGACCGAUUCCGACUCACGUGCAAUUGGGCUGCGCAGCGGCUUUGAUUUGUGUUGAAGAAAAUCUUUGUGGCAUGGAUGGCAUGAUAAAUCCUUCUCCUCUGUCGCUAACCGAAGAGCAGCUUACGAGACGCGUACCAUUGAGCGACUGUAAGAACCCGGACAACGGAGUGAUCGGAAAAUGCUGCCGCGACCCUAACUACGUUGACCCCUGGCCCACGGGCAACUUGCCGGCAAACUACUCGGGAGGAUUCGACGAACAGGGAUUCCCGACCUUCUUGAAUAUACAGAAGGCAAAGCCGACCAAGAAGCCGACUCCGACUCCAGUGAAGGGACGAGUACCGAACAAGAACGUCCAAGCUCCGACACAAAAUGCGAUCCCCCAGCAACCGAAACCCCAGUUCCCAGCUCCAGCAAAUCCUCAGCCCAAUUUUAAUGUUAAUGCCAAUAAUCAACAGCCACUGGUCAACUACCCCAAUGUGCCCAACUUCCCCACCUUCCCCAAACCCUUCAACAAAAACAAUUUCGUUGAAUCGCCGAGUAACGCAAACCCGGUUGUCAUUCCGCCUCAAGUAUCGAGCUCAUGCGGUGUUAAAAAUUCAGUACAACGACCGAGUAAUUUAAAAGAAGAAGAAGUAGGAUUUGGUGAAAUACCCUGGGAAGCAAUGGUACUUUACACUCCGGAAAAGAAACUCCUUUGUUCUGGAGCAUUUGUGGCGCCAAAUGCCGUUCUCACAGCAGCCCGUUGUCUUGAUGGAUACCAGCCCCAGGAUAUUUCCGUAAAAGCGGGAGAGUGGAAAUUGGGAUACGAAUUAAAACACGAAGAGCCUUUGCCAUUUGAAAUAGUCAAAGUCGCAUCGAUUGUGCCACAUCCUGGAUACUUGCCUGGGAGCUCGGCUCAUGAUGUUGCGAUACUUUAUCUUGAGCACGAUGUCCAUCUUGACAGACAUGUCGGUACUAUUUGCUUGCAAGAUCAAUCGCAACAGUCUUACAUUCCCCAAGGUGCUAAGUGCAUUUCUACUGGAUGGGGCAAACACAUUUUGCAAGCUCACUUGGCGGGAGCGAUAAUGCACUCGGUGCAAGUCGACGCAAUCGAGGAAAACGAAUGCCGGCAACGGAUUUCAAACGCCGAGGAGCAGAUUGAGGUGGACGACUCGUUGGUCUGCGUCAAGCCACAUCAGCAGAGGAAUAAUAUGUGCCAGGUUGAUUUGGGUGGUCCGUUGGCUUGUGAACGCAGUGAUGGUACUUAUGAGAUAGUCGGGGUUUAUACUCAAGAUACUGGAUGUCUACCAACUAAUCAAGUUGCUACUUUUGCUUUGAUUGAUGUUCCAUGGGUUAAAUAUAUGUUACAAAGUCCACCUCAAAUAAAAUUACAACCUGAACCUUAUCCACCUGCACAACAACCUCAACAACCUUAUGAACCUGUUCAACCUCAACAACCUCAGCAACCUUAUGCACCAGCACAACAACCUGAACCUUAUGCACCAGCUCAACAACCUGAACCUUAUGCACCAGCCCAACUUAAACCUUACACACCUACUCAACCUAAACCUUAUGCACCACCUUACAAACCUGUAUUUGAUUCACCUGCACAACAACCUGCACCUCCUGUACCAGGACCAUCUCAACCUCGACCUUAUAAACCAGCCAAUUUACCUUUUGUACCAGCCCAAAAACCACGACCAUUUGCACCAGCAGAUUCCCAGCAACCAGAACCUAGCCAACAACCUUAUUAUUACGAACCACAAAACAACCAACCAUGCGAUUGUCAGCAAAGCAAUUUACCGCCUUACGACAAUCAAUACCUACCUCCCGUUUAAGGGCUGACUGAACCUCUUAAAAUUUAUUAACCUUAAGUUCUAUUAUUAUUUUAAUUAUUAUUAUUAUUAAAUUAGUCAUGUAAUUGUAUAGAUUAACACUCGUGUAAACUAAAAGUUAAUAUACUUAUCAUUUAUUUAAACUUUAUU